GUCAGAAUGCAAAAACGAGUGUUCAUUUUCGUCAGUCAGUUUGGGUAUUCCAAAAAUGGAUCGAGAUUUUUUAGUUUUCCUAUCGUUUUAGAUUAAAUAAUUUUCAAAAUAUGUUAAAAAUUUGAAGAAAAGUGAAGUAACUUCUCUAUUUUUAUGUCGGUGACAUGAAACGGGGCCCAAACGGCUGAAAAAAACGGUUCUUUUUCUGCGAGACGACAACGGAUCGAUGGUGCAGUGCUCGCGCAGCAGUAGUUCACGUUCAUGCAGUCCAGUGUGUAGUUCAGUCUGACAUCGUAUCACAACUGUUUUGCUAGACGUGUGUGUAAAUAGGAGGAAGCAACGGAUCAAAAAUGGACAUUGCUUUCCCGUGACUAAUCCAAAGCAGACGGUGACAAAGGUGGUGCUUUUUUGAUGUGGCAAUAAAACGUAGUGUUCCGGGAAUGCACUCGGAAUCUAAUAAGGAACAAAGUAGAACUGCUUUCAGUUCAGUGGUGAUUGUUUGAAGUGGCCAUCAGACAGAAAAAGGGAUGCAAGCUUCCCCCAUAGUACGUAUCCGUCAGUAGAUGAACCAGACGGAAACGACGGACACGAAGUAAAGAAAAUAAGAAGAAUACUACCAACACUUCUGAUAAGUUUGUGCAUCACCCGCAACCUGUAGACUGGGUUGAAAACUAGGUUUAGGUCGGCAGGGAGAGACGCAAUAACUAUCAUAUCUAGUAACGACAGUGCUAGAAAGAAAUUAGGCUAAUACAACCAUGAACGGAUUAAGUUUUGGCGAACUGUGCUGCCUGUUCUGCUGUCCACCAUUUCCUGGAAGAAUUGCUGCGAAACUUGCAUUCCUUCCGCCAGAACCAACGUACAAUUUGACACCGAUCGACGAGAGUAAGGCCAAAUAUUUGCUCAGCUUCAAUGAACGUGCAGAGUGGCCAUAUUCGGAACGUGAAAAGGAAAAUGUGGAAGGAUUCUUCACGCGGACAUCUCGCGGAAACAAGCUGUCCUGCAUUUACGUGCGAUGUUCUUCGAAUGCCAAAUAUACGGUGCUGUUUUCGCACGGAAAUGCCGUUGAUUUGGGCCAGAUGAGCAGCUUCUAUUUAGGGUUGGGUUUGAGGAUCAAUUGUAACAUAUUUAGCUACGACUAUUCGGGAUAUGGCAUGAGCACCGGAAAGCCAUCUGAGAAGAAUCUUUACGCAGAUAUUGACGCAGCGUGGCAUUCACUGCGAACUCGCUUCGGAGUGAGCCCAGAGAAUAUCAUUUUGUACGGACAGAGUAUCGGAACGGUUCCGACAGUGGACCUGGCGGCGCGGUACGAAGUUGGAGCCGUCAUUUUGCACUCUCCGUUGAUGUCCGGCAUGAGGGUAGCGUUUCCUAACACGAAACGAACGUGGUUCUUCGAUGUGUUUCCAAGCAUCGAUAAGGUAUCGAAGAUUGGUUCACCGGUUCUAGUUAUUCACGGAACUGAGGAUGAAGUGAUAGACUUUUCUCAUGGAUUGAGCAUUUACGAGAAGUGUCCCAAGGCUGUCGAGCCUCUUUGGGUAGAGGGAGCAGGCCAUAAUGACGUCGAACUUUACAAUCAAUAUCUGGACCGUUUGAAAAAGUUUAUUUCGGUUGAGCUCAACAACUGACAAUUAAAGAACGCCCCAGGCCAACCACCGCCUUUAUCUACCGCAGCAGCAGCAGCAUCAUCAUCGUCAUCAAAUACUGGCACCAAAAGUCCGAAAAGAUCAACAGGAGCUAAACUUAGUACUGCCGAAUCGAACAGUGCGCUGGAAAAAGCGACGGCUGGUCACGAUGUCAAAUCGUCGAAAUCUGCUGGUGGAAGCGGUGCAAUUGCAUCGACGAAUGAGAAGUUGUUAUAGCAUUCGUUACCGGGGCCUAGCGCCGCUUACGGUUGUAACUGCGGUAAGGCAAGAAAUGCAAGAUCCCAUCACGGACACACCACCAUCAGCAGCACGAUUCGAAAGGAGCUGGCUUCCUACGAAAAUCCCCAUCAACCGUUGCCGGUUACGGUGAAGCCGACCAA